AUGGAAGAAAUUAAUGGGGAUCUUUACGGGGGCGGUUUGGUUAGUCUUGGAGAUGAGGGCUCCUUGGAGUCGACUGAUAAUGGCAAGCAAGAGCAAAAUUGUAACAUCUGCGAUAACAAGCUGUGUAGCCCUCGAGUAUUGUCUUGCCUUCAUGUAUUUUGUGAAGCUUGCAUUGACAAGUUAAUGGUUAAUGAAGCUGGAGAUUCUCUGAAAUUUGAUUUGGCUGUAGAGUGCCCCAUAUGCAAACAAGAAACCAAGAUACCUGGAGGGGGGGCUGCAUCUCUUCCUUCCGACUAUGUGCUGACCAACAUACUUGAUGUUUCUUCUAUGGAUCAGUCUGUUGUUUGCACUUGUUGCAAGAGCAAGGAGCCGGCUGUUGCCCGGUGCACUGAUUGCUCUCACUUCUUAUGUUCAAACUGCAAUUCUGCUCACGAAUUUAUGCGAUGUUUCGAAAAUCACAGAGUGGUACCUUUUGAUGCUCUGAGGUCCUCAAAGGAAAAGGCUGCUGUGCAUAAGCCAAUAUUUUGCGCUCGACAUGCAGGGGAGAGUCUUAAGUUUUACUGCUGUGAAUGUGAGGUUGGUGCUUGCACUGAGUGUCUCACUGUCGAUCAUAAAGUUGGUGAACAUCGUUGCGAAAGAAUUGUUGAUGUUGAGCCCAACCUGCGGGCUGAAUUACGAAAUUUUAUUGUGGAAGCUAAUGCUCGAGCAGCUACGGCUGGUAGUGCUUCUGCUAGACUCGAUGAUGCGCUAGGAGAUCUUCAACGCCAGAGAGAUGAAGCAGAAGGUGUGAUUAAUGACGCAUUUCACGCAUACAAAGCUGCACUUGAGAGAUGCCGCGAAAGAGCUCUAGAAGAAUUAGAACGUUUGCAUAAAGAGAGAGAGCUAAAAGUUAUGGAUCUUUUUGAUCGCGUCGAUAAAACUGUUCAGCGCAUUGACUGUGCUUGUAAAUUUGCGGCUAGACUUCUUCGUCGUGGUGAUGGUACCGAAAUAGUAAUGUUGAAAAAGACUGUCGCUUCUCAGUUUGCUCGCUUACUAGAAGGUGCCCCAGAGUUUGAUGUUGAUUAUUCCUUGGAAUUCACAACUAAAAUGGAUAAGUUUGAGGCCAUAUCAGAGGAAUCAUUUGGAACAUUCCGUACCGAAGCAACUCGUGCAGAGGAACGAAAACGUGCUAGCGAAUCUUCUGCUAUUGUAUCAGUAACAUCAAAUUCUCAUUCUCCAGCAGUUUCGGUGACUAACACUCCCGUAUUUGACGACUUUCCAUUAUCUGGCAUACGCCGCGUAACUGGUGUUACUGGGGUCGGCACCAUGGUGGGAGUUCCAGGUGUUGGCGGAGUACCUACUAUUGGGGUUUCAGGAGUGGGAGCUGUUGCUGGUGUUGGAGUCACUAAUUCUAACGUCCUUCCUGGUGGCGUAAAUAUCAACAGUGUACCUGGUGUAGGUGGUGUUACUGGGGUGCCUGCUUUGCCUUCAAUGGUUGAGUAUAAUUUGCAACAACUGGCUAGUAUCGCAGAAAAAGAUGUACCACCUCCACCCCAUGCAUCUCCAGCGCCUUCUUUCACCCUUGCUGAAUUAUUGGCUGGGGAACUAAACUCGCCCCAGGCCUACAAUAACCUUCAAGCACUCGCGAAACUUGGGCUUAAUGCUGAAGUCAAUGGAUUUGGAGGAAUUGGAGGCGUUGGUCCUCGCGGUGUAUCUCCAGGAAGACCAUUGCUGACCGCUGCCGAAGAAGCGGCUCUAGUACCUCCUCCAGCACCACUCGUGCGUGCCACUAAGGCCACUCCUAUGCACAUUAGAUUCAAGUUUGGUCAACUAGGAAGUGGCAAGGGACAGUUUAAUUCUCCUCAUGGAUUUUGUCUUGGAAAUGAUGAAGAUAUCAUCGUGGCUGAUACCAAUAACCAUCGAAUCACGGUAUUUGACAAAUCUGGAACUUACAAGUUCAACUUCGGUAUUGCUGGAAAAGAGGAAGGUCAAUUGUGGUACCCCCGCAAGGUGGCGGUUGUUCGCGCCACUGGCAAGUUUGUUGUUUGCGACCGUGGCAAUGAAAGGUCGCGCAUGCAAAUUUUUACUAAGAAUGGACAUUUCUUAAAGAAAAUCGCUGUGCGUUUCAUUGAUAUUGUUGCGGGGUUGGCUGUCACUGCCGAGGGUUUGAUCGUCGCCGUGGAUAGCGUAACACCUACUGUAUUUAUAUUGUCUGAAGAAGGCGACCUUAUGAGCUGGUUUGAUUGCAGUGAGUGCAUGCGAGAACCAUCUGACAUCGCAAUUAGUGGCAAGGAGUUCUAUGUUUGCGAUUUCAAGGGGCACUGUGUAGUUGUUUUUGAUGAUGAAGGACGUUUCUUACGCCGUAUUGGUUGCGAGAACGUGACCAAUUUCCCUAAUGGAAUCGACGUGUCAGAUGCUGGGGACGUGCUUAUCGGUGAUUCACAUGGCAACAAGUUCCACGUCGCCGUGUUCUCACGUGACGGGGUGCUUGUCACGGAGUUCGAGUGUCCCUAUGUCAAGGUAUCUCGCUGCUGUGGUCUGAAAAUAACAUCUGAAGGAUAUAUUGUCACUCUGGCUAAGAAUAAUCAUCAUGUUCUAGUCCUCAACACCCUUUAUAUUGUCUGA